GCGCGUAGCGCCCAAUGGAGUAAACAUGAAAAGAAUGUUAUUUAAUGCAACUCAUCAGGAAGAGUUGCGCGUUGCCAUCGUUGAUGGUCAAAAAUUACUCGAUAUUGAUAUCGAGGUGACAGGGCAAGAGCAGCGUAAGGGGAAUAUAUAUAAAGCGGUGAUUACGCGCUUAGAGCCAUCUUUAGAAGCUUGUUUUGUCGAUUAUGGUGAAAGCCGGCAUGGUUUUUUGCCCUUUAAAGAAAUUUCACGCGAAUACUUUAAAAAUAAAAAUGUUGAUAUUCGUCAUGCGAGCAUUCAAGAUGUGCUUGAGGUUGGACAAGAACUGAUUGUUCAAGUGGAAAAGGACGAGCGUGGCAAUAAAGGCGCAGCCUUAACCACAUUUAUUUCUUUAGCAGGUCGUUAUUUGGUACUCAUGCCAAACAAUCCUAAUGGUGGUGGUGUUUCACGUCGAAUUGAAGGUGAAGACCGGCAAGAACUCAAAGAAAAUAUGUCCCAACUGGAUGUUCCCAAUGGUAUGAGCUUAAUUGCGCGUACCGCAGGGAUUGGGCGUUCAGCAGAAGAGCUACAAUGGGAUCUUAACUAUCUAACCAAGGUUUGGAGUGCCAUCACGGGAGCGGCUUGGGGUCAAGAUGACGAAGAAUCAAGUUUGGUUAUCCGUGCAAUCCGCGAUUAUUAUCAGCCUAGAAUAGGCGAAAUUUUAUGUGAUACAGAAGAUGUAUUCCAACAAGUUCAAGCAUUUAUGAGCUUGGUUAUGCCAGAUGAGGUUGAACGGGUAAAACGCUAUCGAGAUGAUGUACCGCUAUUUUCUCGUUUUCAAAUUGAACACCAAAUUGAAACCGCUUAUUCACGUACCGUUAAUUUACCAUCAGGUGGUGCAAUCGUUAUUGACCAUACCGAAGCUUUGGUGUCCGUUGAUGUGAACUCGGCACGUGCAACACGAGGUGGUGAUAUUGAAGAUACAGCGACACGUACCAAUCUUGAAGCGGCAGAUGAAAUUGCUCGUCAGUUGCGUUUGCGAGAUUUAGGUGGCUUGGUGGUGAUCGACUUUAUUGAUAUGGGGCAAAGCCGGAAUGUCAAAGAAGUCGAAAAUCGACUAACGGAAAGUUUGCGACAGGACCGCGCUCGUGUACAAAUGGGGCGUAUUUCUAAAUUUGGUCUGAUGGAGUUAUCUCGUCAGCGUAUCCGUCCUUCAUUAUCUGAGGGUACGCAUAUGCCUUGUCCUCGCUGUAAUGGCACGGGACAUAUUCGUGACACGGAGUCAUCGGCGCUUCAAAUUUUACGAAUUAUUCAAGAAGAAGCCCUCAAAGAAAACACAGCGGCGAUUCAUUGCCAAACGCCAGUUGAAGUUAGUGCGUACUUACUGAAUGAAAAACGCCAUGAAAUUAAUAAGAUCGAGUCGCGCUUUAAGGUGGACGUAUUGCUAAUUCCUAAUCGUCAUUUAGAAACGCCGCAUUACAAGUUCGAGCGUUUAAAACACGAUGACCCACGUCUAGAUAACUAUCGACCCAGCUAUAAAAUUGUAGAAGAAUCUGAAAAGGCCCUCGAAAAAGACACCGAAUAUCAAACGCAAAAAGAACCUUUGCCACCACGUCAAGAAGCUGCGGUUAAGGCUAUCACGCCCGAUAUGUUGCCACCACCGACUUCAAAACUUAAGGUUGCUACUGUUAGCGAAGCAGAGGCAGAGAAAAAACCAUCUAUCUUGUCAUGGAUACGAGGACUGUUUGGUGUUAAGCCCAAAGUGGAAGCGCCUGUUGAGGCU